AUGGAUCGUAGUUGGAUGAGAGCUAAUCGAUUAAGUGAUGAGUUUGAUAAUGGAGUGGUUGAAUUUCUAGAAUUUGUUGAAAAGAAUCUUCCGAACAAUAAGGGAGUUUUUCCAUGUCCUUGUGUUUCUUGUGGGAACCGGGACCCAAAACUUACUAAGGAUGAAAUAAGGGACCAUCUAGCUUGGAGAGGGAUUUGUCAAAAUUAUACACAAUGGAUAUGGCAUGGUGAAGUAGUAAUGCCAAGUGUAUCACAAAGAGAGAAAGUAUGUGUAGAUAUGGAUGAUCGGCUGGAAGACAUGAUACAUGAUAUUGGAGAAGAAUCAUUUAAGAGAGCGCAUGUGUAUGAUACUUUAUGUAAAGACAAGGAAGAACCUUUGUAA